CGAGAUGAGGAAGGGGGCGGCGGAGUCCGUCGCGGUCGCGGUCGGGACUGCAGGAGCUGGUGUCAGGGUUGCCGGGCGUGCGAAGGCGGCGGAGGCGGGAAAGGCAGCGAGCGGUUGAAGGGGAGCAACCGCAGACUUGCAGAGGAGCUCGGAGGAGAGAUGGUGAUGGCGGCUAAGAAGGGCCCGGGCCCGGGUGGCGGGGUCGGAGGGAGCAAAGCGGAGGCUGAAGCGGCUUCGGAGGUGUGGUGCCGCCGAGUGCGCGAGCUGGGCGGCUGCAGCCAGGCCGGGAACCGCCACUGUUUCGAGUGUGCCCAGCGCGGGGUCACCUAUGUGGACAUCACCGUGGGCAGCUUCGUCUGCACCACCUGCUCCGGCCUCCUGAGAGGCCUGAACCCCCCACAUCGAGUCAAGUCCAUCUCCAUGACAACCUUCACUGAGCCUGAAGUCUUGUUCCUCCAGUCUCAUGGGAACGAGGUUUGCCGCAAGAUCUGGCUGGGUCUCUUUGAUGCUCGGACAUCGCUGAUACCCGAUUCCAGGGAUCCUCAGAAGGUGAAGGAGUUCCUCCAGGAAAAAUACGAGAAGAAAAGAUGGUAUGUCCCCCCGGAGCAAGUCAAAGGACCCUCUUACAGCAAAGGCAGUGCCUCUACACCUGUCCAGGGCUCUGUACCGGAAGGGAAGCCCGUGCGGACACUUCUGGGAGAACCUGUGCCAUCUCUCUCUGAUGCUGCUUCCUCUUCGAGCCAGUCUCAGGCUCGUACAGCCCAGGCCAGAAGCUCCCAGCCUCCUUCCCAGUCGUCCACCAAGAAAGCCAGCACCGACCUGCUGGCCGAUAUCGGCGGGGAUCCCUUCGCUGCUCCCCAGGUGGCUCCAGCCUUUGCUGCCUUCCCAGCCUUUGGAGGCCAGACUCCUUCCCAUGGGGGCUUCGCCAACUUCGAUGCCUUCAGCAGCAGCCCCGGCACUUCGGCCUUCGGGAGCCUCCCUGCAUCGGUCCAGACUCCGUUCCAGGCUCAGCCAGCCCCUGCAGCCAGUCGGAUGCUAACCGGAAGUUACAGCUUUGGGAGUGGCCAGAUGUCUGCAUUUGGUGCUGCUCCUCUUGCGGCUGGCACCCAGCCCAGCAGCCUCGCAGAUGUGGGUGGCCUCCUGGGACCCAGGGUGGCAGCUGGAGGUCUCCCUGGCAGUGUUUUCGCGAUACCCAGCCAGGUCCCUGCGUUACAGUCGUCUGUGCCAGGCGUUAGUGGCAAUGCAGCGCUCACCUUUGGAGCCUUCACCAACCCCUUCGCCACCCCUGCCCAACCCCAGCUGCCUUCUACCAACCCAUUCCAGCCCAAUGGCCUGGCCUCGGGGCCUGGCUUCGGGAUGAGCAGUGUCGGGCCUGGCCUCCUUCAGCCGGUGCCACCCACUGGGGCAUUCGCCAGCCCCUUUCCUGCCCCAAUGUUCCCCACACAGGCUACACUGACUGAGCAGCAGAACGGCUCUUCCUUUGGCGACUUGGGAACCUCCAAACUGGGGCAGAGGCCUCUGAACCAGGCAACUGGGAUCUCCACCAAUCCCUUCAUGACUGGAUCCUCAGCAUUUGCCUCCAAACCUCCAACCACAAAUCCAUUCUUGUAGCACUGUGUCCUUGGGGGAAGAAGGGGCUCCCGAUCCUUUGUGGAGGAGACUCUGACAUCCCCUGAGAGCCCUGGUGACCAUCUGCCUGUGGGGUAUCUCUGUGGGUCUGAGGCUGGGGUUGGGCCUGCUUUGCAGGGUUAGGGACCCGGGAAUGGGAGGCGCUGAAGCGGGGCUUGUGGAUGAAUCAGACUGUGGCCUCCUGGCCUGCUGCCCAGAGGCUUCCUCCCUGCUCCCUGUCACCUACCCAGGAAGGAGCCCAGAAGAAGCAAAGAUCCCCUUGCCAGGAGGCCCCACAGUGGGUAUUUCUGUCAAAUUAUUGAGUCUGAAGACGGGCCUCUAUCUUGUUCCUCCUGGGCUGGAGUGAGAGAAGUCAGGCGCAGCCCCCCCCCUCCGGCAGUCCCCCCCCUCC